CUUAAGGUGUCUUAAAUUAAUGCACUGAUUCUGAGGAAAAUUCUAGAACGUAAAACGCGCGCAUCGAUAAUUGUUUAAUUUACGUUGGAUUGACGUCGCUCGCGCAGAAACUCGCCUUUUCGUUUUGUUGUAUGAUAGAGCAGUGUUGGAAACGGUCCUAGUGGCGGCGCGCCGCUAGGUGAUAUACGGUUGUGGUUCGUUUUGUGAUGCGGAAAUGUAAAAGUUUCGCGUUGAGAAGAAGAAAAUCGACAUUGACUAGCGUAUAUCGUUAGUCAAGGAAAAGGAAGUCGCACGGAUCACACGAUUUCGUCGAGAGUUUCUGUCAAGAUAAACGUGAAACAGGAUGACACUCGUGGUUUGAGCAAAGAUCUCGAUCUCGUGUGUUCAGCCUGCCAAUCGCGACAUGGCGGGUUUUCGAGACGAGGAUAAGGCACUAUUUCCUAUUCAGAGCAUCUCGUCGAUCGUACGAAUCUUCCAAAAUCAGUUAGAAAACAGCUCGGAACCAGAUUUGGCUUUGCUCUCGAUUCUCGUCGGUGCAGUCGAGAAUUCCCUAACCUGCAACAGAACAUUUGCGUCGCAGGAGACCACUGUUUUUGACGAGCCGAAAUUGCCGGCCGUUGAGUUUCAUAUCGCUGAAGCGCUUUAUACCAAGUUUCACGCAGUGAUUAAGGGUGCGGUAGAUCUUACGGUUUACGAUACGAGAUACGCAACUCGAGAACUCGUCAAAAAAGUCUCCGACGUUAUAUGGAACUCUCUAACUAGAAGCUAUUACAAAGAUCGCGCGCAUUUACAAAGUCUCUAUAGCUACCUCACAGCUAAUAAAUUGGAUUGUUUCGGCGUUGCAUUUGCCGUGGUUGCCGGCUGUCAGGUAUUGGGAUUUAAAGAUGUACACCUUGCUAUGUCAGAAGAUCACGCCUGGGUGGUUUACGGGGAGGAUGGAACUGAAACUGCUGAAGUUACUUGGCAUGGAAAGGGAAACGAGGAUAAACGUGGCCAACCAGUCGAGCCUGGUGUAGCUUCUCGAUCGUGGUUAUAUGUGAAUGGGCAGGCUGUAGUAUGCUCUAGAGCAAUGGAAGUUGCCACCAUAGUAUCGGCUAUAAAUCCUAGUUUAAGUGCUACAUCGGACGCAGCUGAAGUCGCAUUGCUCCAACAAGAACUGUUAUGGCUGUUGUACGAUUUGGGUCAUCUAGCCAAGUACCCUAUGGCUCUUGGUAAUCUGGGAGAUCUCGAGGAAGCAGCUCCGACUCCAGGCAGGCCACCUGCCAUAGAUCUCUUUCAGGAAGCUAUACGAUCAGCGAGGAAAUAUUAUGGAAAUGCUCACGUGUAUCCAUACACUUAUCAAGGUGGUUACUUGUAUAGACACGGACUGCAUGCCAACGCGUUGUCAUCAUGGGCAGACGCGGCAGAUGUUUUAAGGAAGUAUGACUAUUCGAGGGACGAUGGAGAGAUAUACAAGGAAUUGUUGGAAAUAGCGAACGAGCUUAUACCUCAUACGGUACGAGCUGACGAACGCUUGUUAAGACAACCGCGCUGUUUUGCUUAUUUGUUGAGGUUUUAUGACGGAAUUUGCCAGUGGGAAGAAGGAGCAAACACGCCGGUAUUACACAUAGGAUGGGCACGACCAUUGGUAAAUACCAUUUCAAAGUUCGAUGCUAGUAUUCGUGCUCAGGUAAUUAUCGAUUGUUAUGACGUGGAAGCGAAACAGGAAGAAGAAAAAUCGCAGAAAAGGGAGACAAGUCCGGAGGAAACGCUGAACAAUAAUAACAACAAUUACUGUAAAACUAAAGAGAGGGGCAACGCGGCCCGCGACCUGAUCAAAAGCUUAGAGUCUAAAGUACCUCCUAACCCAGCACCGAUGCAUCCUAGUAUUCAAGCGUUGACGGCAGCAUGUAGCGAAAAGAUACUUAAUAGGGAUUACCUGCUGCAGGGUGGCGGGGAACCGUUUGUUGCUCCGUCGGAUGACGCUUUACCUCCCGCACCUUCCACUUCCCAGGAGAACCUUGAUCCCGAGGUAGAGACGGAUUCCGAACACGAAAGACCAAGGAUAACUUUGUACAGUCAAAAAAUGAAGGGUCUGAAAGACUUGUUGUUGGCUGAAAAGUUAAACACGCAUGCGAUAUCGUUGCAGUUAACCGCACAGAGCCAGGUACAAAUCGGUAAAAAGUCGCGUAAUACCGACGAGGUUGGAGUUAGUCAACGUCCAAAAAGGACGCGUCGCGAAUAGUAUAAGAUUUUUGACCGGCGUUUCGGUAUCGUGAAGUAUUGAUGUAAGAGCAGCGCAGACAUAGUGCCACUGGAUUCAUUUUGGUCGGAAAAGAAUCUCAACCUUUGCUCACGGUUUCAUUCUGUUCGAGUGAAUUUCUGACCCAAGCUUCUCGCGUUUCCGUCUACAGCUGUUUUACUCCGGAAAGCGGACGAUAUAGCGAUGAUGACGACGUUGUGCCGUUUUGUUCGAACCCCGUGUCUCGUGCGCGUUUUCGUUUCAAGGAACGAUUUCGAUGCUUUCAACUGUCGUGCGGAUUUCCACAAAGUAAGUACGUUCGCACGUAAUCUUCGGAACGUACCGUCGUCGUUAGAUAAUAAGUAAAAAAUAGAUGCGAACAAAUUUAUAGAAGAGUACAAAAAGGAUUUUCUCGAUUUUAAGUUAAAUGUGCCGAAACCGUGAGUGCUUACGUUUCUUCGUAUUUUCACGUUAAAUAUGUAUUUAACUGUAAAAAUAUCUUGUCUCUUCCACAGUGCGUAAAGCUGUGAGUAAAUUACAUGUCGAUCGGGUAAGGGUGGUGUGGAUGGGUGAUCGAUUGUGAAGGUAGGAAUGGCGUGGGACUAGAGGAAUUGUGAUUGUGCAAAUGAAAUAGAAAAACGAAUCGGACAAUGUACCUAAUGUAUCUUCGCGGAGAGAUCAGAUUCUCAGCACAGUUAUUUAUUCUACGAUCAGUAACGACGAUCGUCGGCGGAUCGAUUAGUUUCGAUCUCGUCUUUUAUCCUAUUUCUAAUCUCUUGUUGCACCUUUAUUUAUUGAUCCACGUGUUUUUUAUCGAACUAUCGCACUUCGCAUAUAUUACAAUUAACAAGUUGUCGUUAAUGUUUUUUACACGAUAGUUAAAUCUUUUGUUAGACGUACGCUUUUAUGAUCUAGUAAGAGAGACCACACACAUUCCACACUCCGUAAGUGGUGCAAACUAAUUAAGUUUUUACCUAAGGUAUUUUAAGCAUAAAAUGCUCGCUUAUUUUUAUAACUAUUUAUUUUCAGAGUAAUUAUAAGUAUCUACUACUAGAUUCUAUUCUUUCGCCACUCGAUAGGUAGAACAGGUGAAACGUAGUCCACCGAAACGUGGUACACAGAGUGAAAAGUAUUGGACGGUAUUUCGUCCGUAACGUGUGUGUAUAUGCGUGUGCGUGUACGUGUAUGUGUGUGCGCGUGUGUUUCACAGUACAUAUAUAUGGAACGAGAUACGAUAGCUCGUUAAGUUGAUCGCGAAAUGGGAAACGAUACGUACGCGAUACGUAUGAAGUUCCUGAGAGUUUUUCGCGACGUCGUGUAACGUACAAAUAAUUUCUUCCGACGUAGCACGCGUCACUCUUUUACGUGCGUAUCAGAGAAUCCGAAGAUGAAGAUUUUCCUAAUUGUUUCUCCCCCCCCCCCCUUUACUUGGCCUUUUAAUUACAGAUCAAGUCACGUGCCGCUUUGUCGCCCUUCAAUCAACUAUCAGUAUUUUGGAAAAUUAUUCAUGCACGCUACGUACGUACGCGCGCGAUGCUAGGUGUGAAAUCGUUGAUUAUCAUUAGUCGCUUUCAGUCGGGCACACAACACCUCUCUACGACUUUUUUUUUUUAUUUCUCCGAUGUUUGUCCUCUUGUACAGGUGCACUCCUACGGACACGAUACAAACCGAAUACUAGAAAAGUAAUCGUGACAUCGAUAUUGAUGCGAAUAGAAAUUAUUCCACGACGAUAUUUAGGCGGAUUGUUGUAGUAUAUGUUGUUGAAUGAAAUGAAUAUAAACGAUCCGAGCAAACCGACGAUCACUUAAAUAAUGAAGGGCGCUAUCUUACUGUGAUGCUGAAUAUAUACUAUAUUAUACUAUAUAUAUAUAUAUACAUAAAUAUAUAUAUGUGUGCGCGCGCGUAUGCGUAUAUAUAUAUGUAUCUGUACACACACUCACACAUAUAUACAUAAUUAUAUAAUUAAUAAUUGUAGUAUGUAACUGAUGACUCGGCGUCGGUAGGUUUUCAUUUUGUCGCACGAGGUGAAAUUGUUAACGCGCGGCGCCGAAUUGUAAUUAUUUUAAAAGGCUGCAGGAACGAGAGUAGACACGAGAGAGAAAGACAAAGGAAAAAGAAACGAGGAAGAAGAGGUGUCCGUUGAAUCCGUACCGUUCGCGUAUUAAUAUAAGUAAUGUUUUCGAAUCUUUUUUCAAUGCGUUUUUGAGAUAAUAUUACCGAUCGGGCACGUAUUUUUCUCUCCUGGAUAUGUGUAGCGUCAUUGACAUUGCGUGAAAAUUGUAUCGUCAUCGUGUGUAUCGAAAAUUGUAAUACACAUAGAAAGGGAGGGGAGUAACGCGUGCGUUGCGAGUGUAGAUUCUUGUAAAACUGAGAUAUUGUACACUCGUAUAUAUACGAGACGGAUAAUUUCUUUUCAUCGUCAAAACGUAAAUGUAUGCAUGUGUUUUUCAAACAGGAACUGGCUUGUUCCGUUGUUUUGUAAUUUAUUUUUUUAAUUAUUUUAAAUCCGAAUAUUCUACGAACCAAUUGUGUCCGCGGUUUUAUGCGUUAUUAUCAUUCUGCAGCGUAUUGCGAAGAUGCAGAAGGGAAGACAAUUAAAAAUGUAAAAAAGAAAAGUAACGGUCGUUACUAGACGAAGGGAUACUUUUAUCACUAAAUUAUACCGUUUCGCGUGUAGUAUUUUGUUGUUUUUUUCUUCUUUUCUUUUCUUUUCUUAUUUCUUUGACAGCGGUAAAGGAACGUUUUAAGAGACUACAGGGAUUACUAUGCAUAAAAGUAAUAAGAAUAAUAGGAGAAGAACUGAUGCAACAGAACAGUAUUUUUGUAUUAGCUAUGUCGCGCAGAGGUGUUCUCUCUCUCUCUCUCUCUCUCUCUCUCUCUCUCUCUCUUUCUCUCUUCGAAAUAUUAAUAUUCGUAAUAUUCGGACGUUUAGGGAUGAAAGAUUGCAACAUCCGUUUCAGUGUCACGGUAACGGUCAUCGCGUGCUCGAAGCAAAUUAAGGAAACGAAAUAUGUCUGCGGUGAGAAUUCGAAACAACUGUAGAAAAAAUAGGAAACGACGAUGGAUAAUCGAGAAAUAGUCGAGAAAAGGAAUACCGACGAAGCGUCUAUCCGUUAUCGAUCUCGUUCUCGUCCGACUUAUUUUCCGACAGUUCGAUCAUUAUUCGAUCAUCGAUCCUCGUUUGGACAUAUCGAUGGGAAGAAACACUACGCAUGCUGCAUAAAUCUCCGCCUAUGUUCGUGUUUUCCCGUUUGCCAGCCGUAUCGAUAUUAAUCCUUCGUGUACUUGUUCUUCUUUCAUUUUUCCUUAACCUUGUUAACCACCGCACUUCAUCGAUUCGUCUCGAAGAAGAUGAGAACAAGAUCGUGUGCUAUUUGUUUUCGUCAUCUUGGUAAACUCACCACGAAAUUCCCCUCUGUUUCUUUCGGUCUCCCCCGAUUCUCUCGCUCGAACCAAUUCUAGUUUACCGGGUGAGAUGUUGCCGCUUUUCCAAUGCUAAAGAAUCAACAAAUCGGAACAGGAGGAGGAAUAGAGGUGACAGCGUAUGUUUAUGCUUAUUCGUUUUUAGUGCCAUACAACGCUAUAGUCGGAAACGACUGGCGAAUAUAUUUUUCGUUCUCAUUCUGUCAUCAUGUUCUCGCUCUUCGUCGUUAUGUUACUGGUUGUCUAGUUUCACGAUAUUCUAUUACCGAGGCGUAUCGACAUAGAAAACAGAAAAACGGAGAAUAAAGGAGGGGAAAAACGUGGAUGACGUUUAUAAGAGGAACAGGGAAAAUGACAGGGAGAGAUCGCGCGUUUGAACAGCUGUUCGCUUUGUGGAUCGAGUUUUUGUAUGAUUAUAGCGGGGAACGUGAGAGUAGGCGGAGGAUCUCGGAAGAUCGCACGGAAUAACAAACGCGCGAUCCAAGGAUGAUACGUGCUUCUUACCGCGCUCGUAGAAUGAGUACCGGUGGUAACGCGGGCGCGGUAAUCGUUCUUUAUCAACGAUAACACGCUUAGUAUACAUUCGAUCGAGCUUUACCUUCGACGGAACGUGUUUCGCUAGGCGUGUAACGAGUCGCUGCGCUAUGCUAACUACAGAGUAAAAUCAACUUGGAAACGUACGAAUGCGUUAAGCUAAUUACAUUUGCUAUAGCCAUACAUUCUUAUGUAAGUACUUAAGAAGCGAACGGAUUGUCGACAGAUCGCGCAAACUUUCCGAUCCCGAUAAUACGUGUGUUGCGUGUUGCGAACGGUGGUUGUCUACAUCUAGAAUGUGAUCGUGGGGGGAGGGGGGGGGGGAGGAUGUGAUAUACGUCGGUGAUGGCGAUGGCCGAGUCAUAGUAGAAUGGAAUGGUACGGAACGCGUUUCAUCGAGCGAAAACAGAUGAGCGAAGGGGCAUAUUUGGAGGAGAUGUUGGAACACGUUCGCAAUCGGUUGAUCGAAACGGUAUUUGGAACAUCGUUAGUGUAGGAUUGGACUUCGACUAAUUGUAAACAGAUAGCGCGAUACGACAUCUCGUUUACCUUGUAUACCCCCUGAUGGUAUGUGGAUUUCGUAAGUCGAAACACCAAGAGACGGUUACGAUUCAUCGCUUCGUCGUGCGAUGAUCGUUACAUCUUUUCACACACGAUAUGUGUACCAUCGCGUGAGAUUGCGGUUACAGGUUUUUCCCUUCAGACAGACGGGUAUUCUGAUAUAAAUAUACGCACGCAUGUAUAUAAGUACAUACAUAUAAAAGAAAACCAGAAUCUGUUACAAGCUGUUUAAAGAGCGGAUUAUCGUAAAAAAAAUUUUACCGUAGAUUAUAUGGUCGAAUAAUCUGUAUUAUUCACUCGGACGUUCAACGCAUGAUAGACGAAUGCGCUGACCAGCGGUAUUUCCGUUGGUCCCGAACAGAAAAGAACGUGUAAUCACAACUAUUGUUAACCGAUACGGAACAGUGAGUUUUCAGGCAUCAUGGAAAUGUCUUGUUUUUUUCUGUGAAUUACAAUAAACUAUUUUAUUCUA